CACUUUACGUUCGAUCGGACCAACCAACACAAUUGUAAAUGGAAACGAUUUUUGUCACGAAAGUUACAGCCCUAGUACAUACAAGAAUAAACCUAAUACUACUAUAAUCAUAAUCACAUUACUAUAACUGAAAAUGAUAUGGUGUUUUAAAUGUGUUUGCGCUUUUAGUUUGAGGAGUGCCAUUCAUGCAAAACUACAAUCACCUUUUGUAAAGAUAAACACAAUGCUAGUUACGUAUGUAACUGUGAUUCUGUAAAUUCCAGAUGACUGCCAGAGGUGGUGCACCAGUGUAUUAUCGCAGCACCAGCCAGAUAGGUUAUGAAAAGGAGUCGCAGGGAUAUAAUGCACAGGCACCAAGCCACUGAAAGCUUUUUCGAGCAUUCCGAAUCACAAAGAACUCUGCCGGUCAUCUAGAAUUCACAGAACCACAGUUACACUACAUGCGUAACUAGCAUCUGUUUUCAUUCCUCCUGACCGCCAAAGUCGGUGCUAAGCAUUAAUGGAUGACGCAUACCAACACAGUUAUGAGGAAUAACUGUCCCCACGACACCCACUGGUUCAAAUGGUGGUGCACAAAGAAAUAAGUACGAGCAGUCCCACACAGAAAAAGGCAUAAAACAAACAGCCUUUAAAUGCCUUGUUAGAAAACUACUAACAAGGUCAUGAGAUCCCAAUGAAGGACCACCAACUGGAGCAUGAUGAGCAGAUACGGUGGCAACACACACUUUUAAGGGACGGGAGUACAGCUGAAGUAUGCUCAUGUCAGGCUAGCUCAAGCACUGAAAACGUUUGCCUCACGGUGGGACCCCGGAACAUGGACCCCCUGACUGAGUUCCCGUUUGUGGAGGAUGAGGAGCUCACCAUGAAGAAGACAGAGCCUCUCCAAUACCCUGACUCAGACGUGUACGCCAAGUUCUUCAUGAGUCACUGCUGCUACGAUGCCAUUCCAACAAGCUCCAAACUGGUCAUCUUUGACACAACACUGCAGGUGAAGAAAGCAUUCUUUGCAAUGGUUGCAAACGGGGUCAGAGCGGCACCUUUAUGGGACAACAAGCUGCAGUGUUUCGUAGGGAUGCUCACCAUUACAGACUUUAUCAACAUUCUCCAUCGUUACUACAAAUCACCCUUGGUUCAGAUUUAUGAGCUGGAGGAACACAAGAUUGAAACAUGGAGAGAGAUCUAUCUACAGUAUUCUCUCAACACCCUGAUCAGCAUCACACCUGAAUCCAGCCUCUUCAAAGCCAUUUAUUCUUUACUGAAGAACAAGAUUCACCGGCUACCCGUCAUAGAUCCAGAAUCAGGGAACGUCCUCCACAUACUCACCCAUAAACGUAUCCUCAAGUUCUUACACAUCUUUGGCACUACGAUCCCCAAGCCACGAUUUCUACAGAAGCGGAUUGAGGAAGUGGAAAUCGGAACAUUCAAGAGCAUCGCGACUAUCAGGGAGACAGAAACAGUUUAUGACGCUUUAUCAAUAUUUGUAGAGCGACGGGUCUCAGCCCUGCCCGUCAUCAACGAGCAAGGGAAAGUGGUGGCUCUUUACUCCAGAUUUGAUGUCAUUAAUUUGGCUGCACAACAAAGCUACAACAACCUGAACAUGACUAUGCAGGAAGCCAUUCAGGGCCGCUGGUGCUGCAUUGAGGGGGUGCUGAAGUGUUACCCUCACGAGACCCUCGAAACCAUCAUUGAUCGCAUCGCUGAGGCAGAGGUUCACCGUCUAGUGCUGGUGGACACAGAGGAUGUGGUGAAGGGAAUCGUCUCGCUCUCUGAUUUGCUUCAGGCACUGGUUUUGACUCCUGCAGGCGUUGAAGCACUUUUCUGUUAACACCAGUGGGGAGCUUCCUCUCCACCAUCAUCCUCACUUCCUAUCCCGUCUUAUCUG